AGACAGCAUGUGUAAUUCCGUAUCGGCAAAAUGGCGGCAAAGCAAAAGACUAUCGAGCAGCGCUACCAGAAGAAGUCGCAACUGGAGCAUAUCCUACUCAGACCGGAUACCUAUAUCGGCAACACCGAGAUGCUAACCCAGCAGAUGUGGGUAUAUAACCAAGAAGCAAAACGUAUGUUAUACGAGCCUGUAACAUUCAUACCCGGGCUGUACAAAAUAUUUGAUGAAAUCUUGGUCAACGCAGCAGAUGUACAUGCUAGGCAGCAAUCGGAUCCAUCCCUAACACGGAUGACAUGUAUCAAGGUAAACUUUAAUGCUACAACCGGCGCUAUCACAGUUUUCAACGAUGGAGAGCCAAUACCAGUGGAGAUACACAAGGAGCAUAACGUAUACGUACCAGAAAUGAUAUUUGGCGAGCUACUGACGUCGGAUAACUACGAUGACGAGGAUGGACGUAUCACCGGAGGCCGUAACGGUUUUGGCGCUAAACUGACCAACAUAUUCUCCAAGAGUUUCUCCGUAACGUGCGCAGAUAGUAAGAGACACAAACAAUUCGCCAUGAAGUGGGAGUCUAACAUGACACGAGUUGCAUCGCCAGCAAAGGUAGGCAGCUAUCACGGCAAGGAUUUUGUUAAGGUCACAUUCAUACCGGAUUACGAGCGUUUUGGGAUUCCUACGAUGGACGAAGGCACUUUGAAGGUACUACUCAAAAGAGUUUAUGACGUAGCUGGUACAACGGGAUUACGUGUUUACUGGAAUGAUGAACGACUUGGUAUCAGUGACUUCAAGCAGUAUGUUGGACUCUACUUCGAAGAUGACCCAACCGUAGUGAAGGUAUACGACAAAGCACACCGGUGGGAAGUUAUGGUAUCAGCCACCGAUGGCAGCGGGUUCCAGCAAGUGUCGUUUGUUAAUAAUAUUACGACACUAAAAGGAGGGUCGCACGUGCAGCACGUACUGGAACCACUGGUAACAGCACUAACGAAUAAAGUAAAGUCAAAAAACAAAGAUGGUGUGGAGUUAAAACCCUACCAAAUAAAGAAUUACAUAUUCCUGUUCGUCAACUGCCAGAUUGUCAACCCGACCUUCGACUCACAGACUAAGGAGACAUUGACGACUAAACCAGCGAAAUUUGGGAGUAAAUACAUAAUGAACCCAAAGGCAGUUGCACAGAUCCUGAAGAGCACUUUGACCGAACGGAUACUGUCAUUCGCCCAGGGUAGAUUGAACAUUGAACUCAAGAAGAAGAUGAAAGUGACCAAAGCCGUUAACAGACUCACAGGCAUCCCGAAACUGGAAGAUGCAAAUAACGCAGGCACUAGACACGCAAGAAACUGUACACUGAUACUCACGGAAGGUGACUCCGCCAAGACGUCAUGUCUAGCAGGGCUAUCAGUAGUCGGCAGGGAUAACUACGGUGUGUUUCCACUGAAGGGUAAACUGCUGAACGUACGUGACGCCAGUUACAAACAACUAGUUCAAAACGCAGAAAUACAAAAUAUCCUGAAAAUCAUGGGAUUAGAUGUAUCGAAAAAAGAACAGACGACGCCCGAUGGGCUGAGGUAUGGAUCGAUAAUGAUAAUGACUGAUCAGGACUAUGACGGAUCGCAUAUUAAAGGGUUAUUGAUCAACUUGUUACACUACUUUUGGCCAAAGAUGAUCCAGUGUCGCGGGUUUAUACGCGAGUUUGUAACACCGAUCAUUAAGGCCACGAAGGGCGAUUCUGUGUUGUCGUUUUUCACGGUACAGGACUACGUUCGAUGGGUACAAAGCACUAACGUGGCAGGAUGGAAGAUUAAGUACUACAAGGGUCUCGGUACCUCGACGGAUAAAGAGUUCAAGGAGUAUUUCGUCAACAUACAGCAGCACCUGAUUGAUUUCAUAUACGAGGAUAAUGCCGAUGAUGAUAGCAUUGAUCUGGCAUUCAAUAAGAAACGAGUUGAUGACAGGAAGUUAUGGAUGCAGAGCUAUGAACAUGGUACUACAGUGGACCAUUCAAUUAAGAAGCUGAGGUACACAGAUUUCAUCAAUAAGGAGUUGAUACAGUUUUCUAUUUACGAUACCGAGAGAAGCAUACCAUCAGUAGUGGAUGGUUGGAAGCCAGGACAGAGGAAGGUGCUCUUCGGUUGCCUGAAGCGUAACCUAGUGGGUGAAUGUAAGGUGGCACAGCUCACAGGUUAUGUCGCGGAACACUCUGCAUACCACCAUGGAGAAGCUUCGCUGCAACAAACCAUUAUCAAUAUGGCACAGAACUUUGUAGGGUCCAACAAUAUCAACGUGUUGGAACCAUGCGGUCAGUUUGGUAGCCGUAAGGAGGGUGGUAAGGAUGCAUCUGCAGCGCGUUACAUCUUCACCAAGCUUAACCCAAUCACGAGGUUGAUUUUCGUAGAAGAAGAUGAUAAUAUCCUGGAGUACCAGAAUGAAGAGGGGCAGACCAUAGAACCGAUGUACUACAUACCAACAAUACCCAUGGUAUUGGUCAAUGGAUCUGAAGGGAUAGGUACAGGAUUCAGCAGCCAGAUACCAAAUUAUAACCCACUGGAUAUUAUAGAUAACCUGAAGAGAUACCUAAACAAUGUAGAUAUGAAGCCUAUGGUACCAUGGUACCAUAAAUUCACUGGUGAAAUCGAACCAAACGAUAAGGGUGGCUUUGAUUGUCUAGGUAAUUACCAGUGGCUAGAUGAAAACGGACUACUGGAAAUUACUGAAUUGCCAAUACGCAAGUGGACACACGACUAUAGAGUGUUUCUGGAGUCACUAGAGCAGGGAGUUAACGGAAAAGAACCUUUAAUCCUAGGGUUCGUAGACAACUCAACACAUGAAAGUGUGCAUUUUACGUUAAAUGUGAACCCCGAGUGUAUAGAGGAGGUUAUUAACGAGGGGGUUGACAAAGUAUUCAAGCUACGAACAAGCAUAGCCACAACUAACAUGACGUUGUUCGACGCUAACAAGAAGUUAAAGCGUUACAGCAACGAGCUAGAGAUUAUACGUGAUUUCGCAGCGGUAAGACUCGCUACAUAUGAAAAGAGGAAGACAUACCUAAUCAACAACCUGAAGCUACUGUUGAGAAGGAUUAGUAACCAGGUACGAUUCAUACACAUGGUGGUCAACGAGGAGUUGGUGCUAUUCAAAAAGGCUAAGGCUACUCUCGUGGCAGAGCUGCGUGAUCUAGGGUUCGAUUCAAACACGGAUAUACUUAAAGGCAGUGAAGAACCAAGUACUCUAAACGAACCCGUGACACCGUCAAGGCGCUCGGGUACCCAGGAUGCACCAGGCGCUGAUUACAACUAUCUACUCAAUAUGCCGCUAUGGUCACUCACACUGGAGCAGGUACAAAAGCUUAACGAAGAACAUGCGCAAAAGGAAAAUCAACUCCGGAUACUCCUGGAGACAACCGCAACUGAUAUGUGGAUGGAUGACCUAAAUAAAGUAGAAGUCGCUAUUAAAAUGGCAUACCAACAAGAUGAAAUCACGGCGCCCACACCGUCACAUGCUGCCCUAAUGCAGUUGACUAAAAUUAAACGCAAGGCAUCACAAAGCCAGCGGUCGACUGCCACACCAAAAGCUACACAAAGCCCGCCAUCCAGCCGCGGUAAUUCAACGUCACGAUCUAAUAAACGAUCGAAGUACUCCGAUAGCUCAAGUGAGUUCUCGGAUGUCUCAAUGCUAUCCGAUGACGAAGGAUUGUUCAAGAAACCGAAGCAGCGUCAAAUGUCAAUCACCACCGCAUUCGCAAAUGCAUCUAAAAAUAAAUCCGUGGGUACACUUGGUAUAUACUCACAGGACAUGUCACCAACGGGUACAGUGGAAAUGGAACCUGGAACUCCACUGACCCAGAUGCCACUAUCCCAGGAUGCAUUGGGUGCCGAGGAUAUUGAGCGACUGAUGGCAUCAGUAUUGAACCGAGGUAGAAAUGCCCCGGGAACAAGCCCAAAGAGCCAGUCAACACCAAAAUCAACUGGGUUAGCUAAGCGAACACCAGCUACACCCAAAUCAACGACGUCAUCAGUUGGAAGUAGUACUAAAAAGACACCGCAAAAACGCGGAGCAAAGAGUAAACGGCAAUAUGAGUCCAGUGAUGAAAGUGAUGACUACUCGGGUGAAGAUGAUACCAGCGAGGAUGAAUACAUAGAGUAUACCGCAUCACAGUCCACACGAAGAAGCACUAGGAUCAAGCAAACCGGUUUUAGUACCACCCAGGACAUAGAUACACCAACUGAACUACAGGCCACCAUACCAGAGGACACACCUGAACAGACAUCAAGCGCAUUAGAUCGAGCUGGCCUAAGCAAGUUUAACGUCGGACUGGCAGAACGAAUUAAACACAUUCCAAAGGAAAAUUGAAACAUAACCAUACACAUUGGGUAGAUACAU